CAUCUUUUGGCGAACCGUGUGAGGCAUGCUGCCCCACAAGACCAAGCGAGGCCAGGCUGCCUUGGACCGCCUCAAGGUGUUCGAUGGGAUCCCACCGCCCUAUGACAAGAAAAAGCGAAUGGUGGUCCCUGCGGCCCUCAAGGUGGUGCGUCUGAAGCCCACACGGAAGUUUGCCUACCUGGGGCGCCUGGCCCAUGAGGUCGGCUGGAAGUACCAGGCAGUGACAGCCACUCUGGAGGAGAAGAGGAAGGAGAAGGCCAAGAUCCAUUACCGGAAGAAAAAGCAACUCAUGAGGCUACGGAAACAGGCCGAAAAGAACUUGGAGAAGAAAAUUGACACAUACACAGAGGUCCUCAAGACCCACGGACUCCUAGUCUGAGCCCAAUAAAAUUGACUGUUGAUUCCUCAAAAAAAAAAAA